AUAAGACUCCUUCCUUCCGGUUAAAAAUUUGAGCCUUUUUGAGGUGCAGAUAACGCGAAAUCAAACAAAGCCAAGCAAUACAAAAUCUACCGUAUAAACCCUUAUUUGCUUUGUAAACUUCACCUUAUCUUCUUACUCAAAUAGUCACACUACUCUAAAAUGCCCACCCGAGAAGAGAAACCCCAGCAGCAACAGCGAGAAGAAUCAGAAAACGAGGACCAAGAAGAAGAAGAAAAUGAGGACCAAGAAGAAAAGGACCAAAAAGAAGAAGAACCCCCCAUUGAGUCAGAGUAUUCGUCAGAGACUUCCGAGGAUGAAGCCAUCGGCGAGGACGACUACUACGUCACAGACAAUGAGGACGAGCCGUUAGUCUACGUCCGACCUGGCGACGAGCCACCCCCAUCGGACAACACAGCCGAAACCAACAUUCGCCGCUUCACGCGGCUCCUAAACAGCAGAGGAAUUAGAGAGGGACUAGAAGAAGAGGAGCGAGACAACGUAACCUACGAAGAACUUUAUAAUUUUCCCCCAGACCCGGAGAAUUGGAAGGAGGAGGAUUUGAAAGAGAUGUGGGCGGAUGCUCCGUGGAAAAUGACCAAACCCGGUUGGGACCCGGUUUGGGCUGACGAAGACGAUUGGGAAGUGGUUAUGGAGGAGAUUGAGGAGGGUCGGGACCCGCCUAUUGCCCCCUUUUUUUUGCCCUAUAGGAAAUACUACCCGGCAAUACCGGAUAAUCAUUUUGAUAUAGCCAAUCCCAAGGCUGCGGUUGAGGAAUUGGAUCGGAUUGAGGAGUUUCUCGCUUGGGUCAGCUACAUUUUUGCUGAUGGAAGCUCAUAUGAAGGCACUGUUUGGGAUGACUUGGCUCAUGGAAAAGGUGUCUACAUUGCUGAGCAAGGUCUAGUCAGGUAUGAAGGUGAAUGGCUGCAGAACAAUCCAGAUGGCCAUGGUGUUGUUGAAGUUGACAUACCUGACAUAGAACCUGUGCCAGGUUCCAAGCUUGAAGCAAAGAUGCGUGCUGAAGGAAAACUUAUAUCAAGAGAUUUUAUGUCCCCAGAAGACAGAGAAUGGCUGGAGAUGGAUAUUGAAGAUAGCAUUCGUUUGGCUGAUGGCCGCUAUGAAAUACCUUUUUAUGAGAAUGACGAGUGGAUUAAACAAUUUGGGAGGAAACCUGAGAAAGGUCGAUACCGCUAUGCUGGUCAGUGGAAGCUUGGAAGAAUGCAUGGCUGUGGUCUAUAUGAAGUCAAUGAGAGCCCCAUUUAUGGCAGGUUCUACUUUGGGGAGCUACUGGAGACUACUGAGGGUUGUGAUGAAGAGACUGUUACACUGCAUGCAGGUCUUGCGGAGGUAGCUGCAGCUAAAGCUAGGAUGUUUGUUAACAAACCAGAUGGAAUGGUUAGAGAAGAGAGGGGUCCAUAUAGUGAUCCUCAACAUCCCUAUUUCUAUGAAGAAGAAGAUGUGUGGAUGGCACCAGGCUUCAUUAACCAGUUCUACGAGGUACCUGAUUAUUGGAAAACAUAUGUUCAUGAGGUUGAUCAAGAGAGGGAAAUAUGGUUAAACUCUUUUUAUAAAUCUCCAUUUAGGAUACCUAUGCCUGCAGAACUUGAAUACUGGUGGCAGAAAGAGGAGCCUCCUGAAUUUAUCCUGGUUAACAAGGAACCAGAGCCUGAUCCUGAAGAUCCAUCAAAGCUUAUAUAUGCUGAGGAUCCUCUCAUCCUACAUACACCAACUGGUCGUUUAAUUAAUUAUAUUGAGGAUGAAAAAUAUGGAAUACGAUUAUUUUGGCAGCCGCCUUUGAAAGAAGGGGAAGAUAUAGAUUCCAAGGAGAUUGAGUUUCUGCCACUUGGUUUUGACGAAUUCUAUGGAAAACCACCAGUUGAGGAGAAAGAAACCAUGUGGCAGCGUAUUGUAAUGGCCAUAGAAAAGGUACUUAAGCCAGUGCUUGAUAAAUUAGAGAAUUGGACUGAAGAGCAGAAGAAAGUGAGUGAGUUGAAAAUGCAGCUUUAUGAAAAAGAACUCGAUCUUAUUGAGGCUGAAUUGUGUCUGGAGGAGGCAAUUGAGGACUUGGAUGAGGAUUUGAAGAGAAGAGAGAAAGAGGAAGAGAAGAAGGUGGAAACAGGUUUUGAGGAAGAAGAUAUUUCUGCUUUGCCUAGACAAGCUGAGGAGGUUAUAGCUGAAGAGAAGGUAGGAGUGAGUGAGGAUGAGGAUGAGGAAGAUGAAGAAGAGGAGGAAGAUAAUACACCAUCCAGUUUUGGAUCUGUUACUGGAGAUCAGGACCCAUCAAAGAAUGACCAGACGGGGAGAAAAUCUGGGGAAUCUCCUUUUUCUUCGUUAUCAUUACCAUUUGCUUCUCGUAGCCUUGUUUCAUCGGUUCCAUCUAGGCUGCAGCAAUCAUUCUUAUUGUGGAAGGAAGGAAGAUCGCAGCCAAAACCAACUACUCCAUGCGAUCAAGGCCACAAGUACCAGUAUGUACCAGUUGAUACAGUCCAUUUUCGUUCAGUUCUGAACCAUAAAGGGAGUUUGAAGGCAAUGAUCCAAACACACCAGAAGUUUCAAUCAACAAAGCGCUCAAAUGGGAGGAGAUCUCAAGUACAUUCAUCUCCAGCAAUCCAAUCACGUCCUUCAGCGUUUGGUGGUCCCAAAAGAGUGGUAAAAGCAGCUAGAGCACAGACGGUAAGUUGGCUGCAUGCAGCCCCGGAUUGGGAUAUUGACAACAUAUUAUCUUUGCACACACCAAUGUGUAGUUUGAAAUUAUAUACAGAUACUAGCGAGUGUUGAGGCUCAUUGUUCUACAUGACAUUGUGUUGUAAGCUGGGCCUCUUGAAGAGGGUGAGUUUUGUCGUAUUUGCCUAGCAACUCAUGGUUGGGCUAUUUUUCCUGAAUGUACUUUGAGCUUUCCCUGGAUUAACAUGGGCUAAUAAAGUGUAGAAUUAGAACGGUACGGCGUUUGGAUAGGGAAA